AAAAGGAAAAAGAAGAAUAGGGUUAAUAAAAUAGGAAAAGCGAGGAGGUUCUAUAUUAUUUGGAAUUUCGAAUAAUUAUUAAAUAAAAUGCAAAACGCAAGAACCGUGUUAAGGCAUUUACGAAACAUAAAAACCUCCUACUCCAGGGUGGCUUUAAGUCAAAAUGCGGGAGUAGAAUCGGCCCCGAGCGCCCCACCGAAACUAACAAUCCCCCCGCCCAGCGAUGUGGAAAAACCAGUUUCCCCAAAAAUCGACAAACUCGCCGCGGAAAUAUCCCAAUUGAACCUGCUCGAGGUGUCCGAACUCAGCUCGGUUUUGAAGAAGCGCCUCAACCUCCCCGAUGCCCCCGUGAUGCCCAUGGGCGGCUUCGCCCCCGCCCCCGCCGCCGCCGACGAGGAGGAGGCCCCGAAGGCCGUAAAGUCCUCGUUCACCGUUAAAUUGAUGAAAUUCGACGAGAAACAAAAAGUGCCCCUGAUCAAAGAGAUCAAGAAUCUGAUCGAAGGCAUGAAUUUGGUGCAGGCGAAGAAAUUCGUCGAAGGCGCUCCGGCUGUCAUUAAAGCGGACAUCCCGAAGGAGGAGGCCGAUAAAUUGAAGGAAGCCGUUGAGAAAGUCGGAGGUGUAGUGGAAGUGGAUUAAUUUGUAAUUGAAUGUACUGUUAUUUAGGAAUUAAAUACGUUUAUA